UUUCGUCAAUGAAUUCUGUAACAUUAAAUAAAUGGUAAUGUUCAUAAUGUUCAGCCUUAUGGGUCAGUUAAUGAGCGCUUAUAGAACGUAAUAGGCCUCUUAACAAACGGAGCUGAAAAUCUCGCCUGUGUCUAAUAAAUGAGCCUCAUCCCCCAUCCUCCUGACCAAUAGAGAGAGAGAGAGAGAGAGAGAGAGAGAGAGAGAGAGAGAGAGAGAGAGAGAGAGAGAGAGAGAGAGAGAGUCUAAACUUAACUCAUCACAUCGGAAAAAAUGAAAACGCGGAGGGUCGCAAAGCAAACGCCGGAGAGGCCACAGAGAGUCUAAAACUCUCUGAUCUGAUUAAUUCAGGAAUAUCUCGAAGCAGCGUCUGUAGCUUUGUGUUGAACUGUUGUGCAGCGUUUAUCUAUUAUUGUAAUUCAGUGACAGUUUUUGUGCAAAAGCAUAACAAACAUUUAAAAAUUAAACAACAACGUUAUUUGGCCUGUGAGAGAAAUAAGUAACGCACAGAGGUACCUCCGAGUCUCUGCAACGAGAUCAGCGCGGGCAUCUCACCGGUUCCGGUAAAGGGGGGGCGAAUCCGUUCCGUUUCUCUUGAAUCCGCCUCUCUCUCUCUCCGUUAUCCGUUCGGUGAGGGUAUCUAACGCGCUUUAGAGACUGUUCUUCCGUCCUCGGACCCUUUAAGGCAAACAGGAGCGAGGACCAAUCACCGAGGCAUCACGGCGGCUCCGGAUAAGAGGAAGGUGUUUACAGGAGCUCGGGUGCUAAUUAGGCUGAACAGAAUCUCCGCCACAACUUGGCCAGGAACCGGUUCGUGUGCGUCCAUGGAGCGCGCGGAGAAGCAAAGCGCGUCCGCCGUCGCCAUGUGUGCAUUUUGUACAGAGUUUUGAAAAAUCUUUUCGCUUUCAAAAAUCGACACUCUGUAACUUAUUUAUUCCUGACAACUUUUUGGUGGAGUAUUUUCCCCUCCGAUUCAAGGACUUCACGUUAACAGUGAGUGGCGGAAAUAUUUUUCCCGGUUUUUAAGCACCAUGUUUCAGCCCACGCCGAAGAGAUGUUUCACUAUAGAGUCUUUGGUAGCGAAGGAUAAUAAUCCUCCUCCUCCUCUUCUACCGGCGUCCAGAUCCGAGGAGCCCACGCGACCCACGGCGGCGGCGGCGCUCAGCUACGCCGGUGCCAGCCACGUGAGCCCGUUUCUGAAUGGCUUUACCGGCGCGAGGGGCGUUUACUCCAGCGCGGACCUUGUAUUCGCCGAGGCCAUGUCGCACGCGCCCAACUCAGCCGUGCCCGUUCACCCGGUCGUUCCCGCUCCUGCUCAUCAUCCGCCACCACCUCCGCCACCGCCGCAUGCACUCGCCGCGCACCACGCGCUUACCUCCUCGCACGGGCCGCACGCGCUCUUUGCUAGCCAGCAAAGGGACCCCGCAACUUUUUACCCGUGGUUAAUACACAGAUACAGAUAUCUGGGGCACAGAUUUCAAGGAAACGAAACGAGUCCGGAGAGCUUCCUUUUGCACAACGCGCUCGCCAGGAAGCCCAAACGGAUUCGCACGGCGUUUUCUCCGUCGCAGCUGCUCCGGCUCGAGCACGCGUUUGAAAAAAACCACUACGUUGUGGGAGCAGAGCGGAAGCAGCUCGCGCACAGCCUCAGCCUCACAGAAACUCAGGUCAAAGUUUGGUUUCAAAACAGAAGAACAAAAUUUAAGCGUCAAAAACUGGAAGAGGAAGGCUCGGACUCGCAGCAGAAAAAGAAGGGCACGCAUCACGUGAACCGGUGGCGGCUCGCGACAAAACAGGCGAGUCCCGAGGAAAUAGACGUCACGUCGGACGAUUAAACAUAAACAACCCAAAUAAUUAACUAAACACAAGACUCGAGGUGUUUUUGAAGCCUGGAAAGCACGACGUGAAGUGUGACAUGGAUAAAGGACGCCGUAAAAGACAGAAAAAAAAAGAGAGAGAGAGAGAGAGAGAGCAAAGCCAAUUUCUCUUCUUCGGAUCUCGGCAGCUGGAGGGUGAGAAAUUCCUACCGCUGUCACCACGAGGAACUUGUCAAUACUGUAUUCCACGUUGCCAAGGCAACGUGAUUGACAGGUAGUACACGGCCACGCCCCCGCCCCACCUCAUUAUUAACUCACUCAAAAUCACAACUCCUAAUACGCAUAGGACAUUUGCACUUUUGAUAUUUUUUUUUUUUUUUUUUUUUUUUUGCUCAAACCAACCAAAAUAUUUUUUGGCAAAACUUGAAUUGCAUGAUAAAGAGCUAUUAUUUUUUUUCUGGGGGGCGGAGGUGAAUUUAAUUUAACCCUUCUUAACUUUAUUCGGAUUCUCUUUUUAAAUCUGGGAAAUGUCGUGUGUGUUUUCUUUUUUUUUCUUUUCUUAAAAAAAAAAAAAAAAAAAACACA